AUGAAUCCAGAAUUUUCCUACAAAUACAAUGGCGGAGAAAAAAAGGGUAUUCGAUAUUUGGUAUGUCGUGAACGGUAUUGUAAAGGAACAGCCAAAAGACUUGCUAAUGACGUUAUUGUUAACCAAAUACCACAUACCCAUGAGCCUAAUAAUAUUGAAACAGAACGGCUGGAAUUAAAAAAAGAGUUUAGGUCAAAAUUGAUUCAAAGAGCAGUUGAAGAAACUACGAAACUUCGAAUCAUCUACGAUGAAGAAUGUUUAAGAUAUGAUAGAGCUGCUGUACAUUAUUGUUGGCCAACCGCUGAAACUUCUAUGCGUAAAGCUCUUAAAAAAAUUAUUCCACCAUUACCACCUACACUGGAUGCAUUAAAAGAGUACCUUGAACAACAUUUGGAUAGAUAUAAAUGUUGUGGUCAUUCAUUCUAUCAAGAUUAUACUAUUGAUAAUCAAGGAAAGUAUACAGUGAUAUUUGGUUGUAUUGAUCUUAUCCGUAAAGUGGUUAAUCAAGGUGGUGAAGAGGUGCAUGCUGAUGCAACGUUUAAAGUUGUACCAUCUCGACCAAAUUGCAGACAGUUAUUUAUAAUGCAUAUGAUAAUUCAAAACCAUUCUAUACCAGUGAUAUAUAUAUUGAUGGAAUCAAAAACUGAGACAGCAUACACUCAAGUUUUGAUGAAGUGUAAAGUUCUAUUUCCUGAAAUUAAGCCAAUAUGUAUAAUGACUGACUUUGAAAUUGCAUUACAGAAUGCUUUUAAAAUUGUAUAUCCAGAUGCAAUUCAUCAUGCGUGUUUUUUUCACUAUGUUCAGUGUUUGGUCAAAAAUAUUAGGAGUCAAGGAUUAAUACCCUAUGUUAAAAACAACGAAAUGGCUCAAAUAUGCAUUAAAAUGACAGCUGCUUUAGCUUUAUUACCACCUAACAAAAUAGAAGAAGGUUUCCAAAUAAUUCGACGGUACAGCAGGGACAACAAUAUAAAUCUGACUUCCUUUUUUACUUAUUUCUCUAAUUAUUGGAUACAGACAAGAGGACCAGAAGUUUUUUCGGUUCACGGUGUUCCUCGAAGAACCAAUAAUAAUAUUGAGUCAUUCCAUAGCCAGCUUAAAGAAAAAUUCCAAACUGUUCAUCCUAAUCUAUGGACAUUUUUAGGUGAUUGA